CGCCGGAUCCCGGCCGCCGCGCCCGCAGCAGCCGCCGCCUCCACCGCCGCAGUUUCCUGCCUCGUACUCCCCUCCCGAGGCUGGCCGAGCGGGUGUAGCCGUUUCCCCCCCACACACACCCGCCUCCCCCGGGGUGGGGAGGCUCUGGCCAGGGGAACCCGAGCCGGACCACAGCAGAGCCACCGCCGCCGCCUCCCGCUGCCGGCUGUCCAGCGGUUGGUGCCUCUGCCUCCGCCCGCGUGUGCGUCCCGAGUGCCGGGAGGGGAGGAUGUGUGACAGUUUGCGCCUCUGAGAUCACACCGCUGCCUAGGGGCUCUGUGAUGCCCACGGCAAGUCUUGCUUUGAUUUUGAUUAUUACUAUUAUUUUAAGCUUGGCUUUCGGGAAAUCCGCGUGAUGUGUUGUGGGAUAAAGGAAAUGACACUUUGAGGAACUGGAGAGAACAUAGAUGCGUUUGGGUUUGGAGAGGAAACCAGUCCCCUCUCCUCGUGCCUGGUUUCAAGAGCUCUCCUCCCAGUGAGCUGGGGGAUUCCAGCCAGAAUAAAGGUGAAGACGGAGCCGCCGGGACCCAGGAGGGAGACGCUCACCAUUUAGAGACCUUUGCAGAAGACACUGAAGGAAGAAAAAAAAAAAUAAUAAGAGAGAGAGGAAAAACACAAAGACUUAUAAUUAUCCAAGAAUCCUACGAACCCAGCCCUGGAGUGAGCCUCUCUCUCCACCAUGGAUACGUGCCCGCUCACCUGGGUUUUCUUAGCUCUCUACUUCUCAGGACAUGAAGUGAAAAGCCAGCCAGACCCACCCUGUGGAGGCCGUCUCAAUUCCAAAGACGCUGGCUACAUCACCUCGCCAGGCUACCCCCAGGACUAUCCCUCCCACCAGAACUGCGAAUGGGUGCUCUACGCUCCUGAACCCAACCAGAGGAUUGUCCUCAACUUCAACCCUCACUUCGAAAUUGAGAAGCAUGACUGCAAGUAUGACUUCAUUGAGAUUCGAGACGGGGACAGUGAGUCCGCAGACCUUCUGGGCAAGCACUGUGGGAACAUCGCCCCACCCACCAUCCUCUCCUCGGGCUCGGUGCUGUACAUCAAGUUUACAUCCGACUACGCCCGGCAGGGGGCAGGCUUCUCCCUGCGUUAUGAGAUCUUCAAGACAGGCUCUGAAGAUUGUUCUAAGAACUUCACGAGCCCCAAUGGAACCAUCGAAUCCCCUGGUUUUCCAGAGAAAUACCCACACAACCUGGACUGCACCUUCACCAUCCUGGCAAAUCCCAGGAUGGAGAUCAUCCUACAGUUCUUGACCUUCGACCUGGAGCACGACCCUCUGCAGAUGGGAGAGGGGGACUGCAAAUAUGACUGGCUGGACAUCUGGGAUGGAAUCCCACAUGUUGGUCCACUGAUUGGCAAGUACUGUGGGACCAAGACACCCUCUGAACUCCGCUCAUCAACCGGGAUCCUCUCUCUGACUUUUCACACGGACAUGGCGGUGGCCAAGGAUGGCUUUUCUGCACGUUACUACCUGGUACCCCAAGAGCCACUAGAGAACUUUCAGUGCAAUGUCCCUCUGGGAAUGGAGUCAGGCCGGAUCGCUAAUGAACAGAUCAGUGCCUCAUCCACCUUCUCUGAUGGGAGGUGGACCCCUCAGCAGAGCCGGCUCCAUGGUGAUGACAAUGGGUGGACUCCCAACUUGGAUUCUAACAAGGAGUAUCUCCAGGUGGACCUCCGCUUCCUCACCAUGCUCACCGCCAUUGCCACGCAGGGAGCAAUUUCCAGGGAAACCCAGAGAGGCUACUACGUCAAAUCUUACAAACUGGAGGUCAGCACGAACGGUGAAGACUGGAUGGUAUACCGGCAUGGCAAAAACCACAAGGUAUUUCAGGCCAACAACGACGCAGCCGAGGUGGUUCUCAACAAGCUCCACACGCCCCUGCUGACGAGGUUUGUGAGGAUCCGCCCGCAGACCUGGCACUUGGGCAUUGCCCUCCGGCUGGAGCUCUUCGGCUGCCGGGUUACAGAUGCUCCCUGCUCCAACAUGCUGGGGAUGCUCUCGGGCCUCAUCGCUGAUACGCAGAUCUCUGCCUCUUCCACACGCGAGUACCUCUGGAGCCCCAGUGCAGCCCGCCUGGUUAGCAGCCGCUCAGGCUGGUUCCCUCGGAUCCCUCAGGCCCAGCCAGGUGAGGAGUGGCUUCAGGUGGACCUGGGAACACCGAAGACGGUGAAAGGUGUCAUCAUCCAGGGAGCCCGUGGAGGAGACAGCAUCACUGCUGUGGAAGCCAGGGCGUUUGUACGCAAGUUCAAAGUCUCCUACAGCCUAAGUGGCAAGGAUUGGGAAUACAUCCAAGACCCCAGGACUCAGCAGCCAAAGCUGUUCGAAGGGAACAUGCACUAUGACACCCCCGACAUCCGAAGGUUCGACCCCGUUCCAGCGCAGUAUGUACGGGUGUAUCCCGAGAGGUGGUCACCGGCAGGCAUUGGAAUGCGGCUGGAGGUGCUGGGCUGCGACUGGACAGACUCAAAGCCCACAGUGGAGACGCUGGGACCCACCGUGAAGAGUGAAGAGACCACCACCCCCUAUCCCAUCGACGAGGAUGCCACGGAGUGUGGGGAGAAUUGCAGCUUUGAGGACGACAGAGAUUUGCAGCUCCCUUCCGGAUUCAACUGCAACUUUGACUUCCCCGAGGAGCCCUGUGGUUGGCUGUACGACCAUGCCAAGUGGCUCCGGAGCACCUGGACCAGUAGUACCAGCCCCAACGACCGGACAUUUCCAGAUGACAAGAACUUCUUGCGGCUGCAUAGCGAAGGCCGGCGAGAGGGCCAGUACGGGCGGCUCAUCAGCCCCCCGCUGCACCUGCCCCGGAGCCCCGUGUGCAUGGAGUUCCAGUACCAAGCCACAGGCGGCCGCGGGGUGGCGCUGCAGGUGGUGCGGGAAGCCAGCCAGGAGAGCAAGCUCCUGUGGGUCAUCCGCGAGGACCAGGGCAGCGAGUGGAAGCACGGGCGCAUCAUCCUGCCCAGCUACGACAUGGAGUACCAGAUCGUGUUUGAGGGGGUGAUAGCAAAAGGACAUUCAGGAGAGAUUGCCAUCGAUGACAUUCGGAUAAGCACUGACGUCCCACUGGAGAACUGCAUGGAACCCAUAUCAGCUUUUGCAGGUGAGGAUUUUAAAGGGGGCACCCUCCCGCCAGGGACCGAGCCCACAGUGGACACGGUGCCCGUGCAGCCCAUCCCAGCCUACUGGUAUUACGUAAUGGCCGCAGGGGGCGCUGCGCUGGUGCUGGUCUCCGUCGCGCUGGCCCUGGUGCUCCACCACCACCGGUUCCGCUAUGCGGCCAAGAAGACCGAUCACUCCAUCACCUACAAAACCUCCCACCACACCAACGGGGCCCCUCUGGCCGUGGAGCCCACCCUAACCAUUAAGCUAGAGCAAGACCGCGGCUCGCACUGCUGAGGGCCGCCGAAGCAAGAACUGCACCCAAACAAGACUGCAAACACGUUGCCUCGAUUUUUGCACUUUUUCUCCUCGCCUAGUCUCUGUGUAAACUCUCAGACAUCUCUCCGCAGGGUCCUCAACCCUGAGCGCUCUUUUCCACCCCAACCAUUCUCUGUGGUCCUUGGAUUCUGGUUUCGUGUUUUGUUUCAUUGUGCCUUUUUUUUUUUUUUUUUGGUCCUUUCUGUUUUUCUUUCUUUCUUUCCUUCUUUAUUUUUAUUUUCAUGAUUCCAAACCAACAAAACCCAACUUUAAUGCUGCAUCUUGGAAUACCAGAAGAGAUCCACCCCUAAGCACUUCACAACUCAAGGCUCAGCUGGUUUUGUUCCAGAGACUGGUUCUCUUAUUUUCUCUCCUUGCCUUAUCCCAUCCCUCCUCUUGGUGGGCAGGCCGCCAGGUGUCUGAGGGGAACCUGGCUUUGUGUGUAUGUACAUAGUAUAAACUCGUGUGUGGAGAGGUGUGUGUGUGUGUGUGUGUGUGUGUGUGUGUGUGUGUGUGUUUGCGUGGGGGGGAGAGACUGGCUCACUGUGGGGGGAAGUGUGUGGAUGUGUGUAGAGAGGGGCCCCUUCGCUUUUGUGUUACUUCUCCCGGGGUACAUUUGACAAGGAAAUAAUAUACUGUAUAGAUUUUGUUUACUCGGAGAAGAGACUGACGCUUUUUGUUGCCUUAUCUAGCUCUGGCUGGGUUUUUGUUGGCUGUCGUUGUCAUCUCCAGGUACCUAGAGAAAUACUGGCCACAGAGAAUGCAGUGUGGCCCCAUCCACCCUUGGCCCUGCUCCCCAAACCCACCUGACCCAAGAGGAUGGCUCCCCAGUGCACUUCAGACAUGACCUCCUGGUCCAUGUCUCCUGGUGUCUUUGAAAUCACAGCAGCCAUUGGGUGUAUGGAACCAUCUCUCCUUCCAGCCCUGAAGCAAAUGUAUCUCAUGUUGCCUUAUGAAACAAAAGAAGUUCAUAAUGAAUGUUUAGCUCUGAUGGGUCAAAUCCAACCGUGGAAUAAGUCAUAAAGAAUAACACAUCUGGGAUGAUGUAGAAAACACAGUAGUCUGUUUAAAUUGAGAGCAGGAAAGGGGGGAUUGAAGGGAGGAGAGGGAAGGACUCAAAUGCUGUCUUUUCAGAAGUCUCUUAACCCCUUGGGGAUCACUAGGCCCAACGUGGAAUGGGGUUGAGAGAGAAGGCGUUCUUUGGUAUUAUUUUGGUCAUUGUACUGGCAUUUGCGAAAUACAGAGGGAAUGGGAUCAUUUGCUUUCCUUUCUUGGUGUUAAUGUGUGCCUGAAUUCAUAGCCACUGAAAUAUAAAGCUGUCCACCCUAACUUACUGAGAUAUUAUGAGAAAAUAGAAAGUAACCAUUUGCUACCCCCAAAGUAUUCGUGGCAUAUACAUCUCCCCCCCCCCCCCACCGGCCCGGCUGACGCAGGUGCUGCCGAAGCGGCGGGGGAAGGGACGUGCUGAGGAUGCCGCCGCCGGCCCUUGGCCUCUCUAGGCCAUGCAGAGAGAGUGGUGUUAGGGAGCAGCUGCCGAAUGGUACUGUGGAAAGGACGCAUUAAGUAACAAAGUCAAUUUCAUUGAUAGAAAAUGUGUAUUUUAAGAUUUCCUGUGUACUAGGGCUCAGCCUUGGAGGCAUUUUGUUUCCACCUUCCUGCUGGAAAUCCUCCAGGGUAGUGUAAAAUUCUCUCCAAAGAUAAUUGCCUGCCCAGAAGCCUCUAGGUACCUUCUGAGGACAAAAUACUAAUGACGUCUUUUUUUUUUCUUUCGGUUGCUUGGGAGAGAGCCUUUUAGCAUUCUUUCCGAGUAUCCAGAUAGGCAAGGUGCCUACAGCUCCCCCUCAGCUCUUGCGUCUGGUCCGUUUCAUCCUCCCGAAAGGCUGGUGCUCUCCCAGUCUUACUGUUUCAAAGCACUGCUUUCCCAACCACCGCGACCCUGCCAGGGAAAGAUGAAAGGCUAGAGUACAGCUACCUUGACAUUUCAAGAGGCGUCUGACCCCAGCUGAAGACGCAGAAGGAAGUGGGAGGGGGUGGGAGGACCAUAGCACAGAAUGCCCUAACUUGCCAGUCUCUGAAGGCUUUUUACGGUGGGUGUUCACAUUCAGUUGAGAAUUUGGGGACCAAGCAUUCCCUCCAAGUGAUUGACAUUCCUACAAUUACCCCAGUAAGGCAUCGGGAAACCUUAUCUGGAAAAUCAGCCAGUGGAACAAGUUACAGUAUGAUUCCCCCUUCUUUAAACAAAGAUGGCAGCCACUUUCUGAACUUGGCUCUGUGCUCAUGUGAUGCUCGACUGUGGCACCCUUUUCACAUUCAUGUCCCAGGUGAAAAUAUGGUGAAUCAGGAUACACUUCAACUGAGAAUAUCUCUCUCUUUCUCUCUCUCUCUCAUCUCUGUCUUUCCUGCUCUCUCCACCCCAGGAACUUUCAUAGUAUUAUCUGGGUACCAUGCUAAAAGAGAGUUUUUCUAUAAAAUAUCAUGCCUUACAGCUUCGAAAAAAAAAAAAAAAACCCACAAGAAACACAACCCUAAAUUCUAUAUUCCAUUGAGUGAAGAGUCCUCUCUUUUAAUAAAAAUGGACUGGACAGAUGAAUGCAUGCAUGCAUGUAUUUACAGUUGCUUCUCAGAAGAAAAAGCAGUGAUACCAAUGGCUAAAAUAUGAACGAGUGGGUGAAUGGGGUGAAGGACUAGUUGGGGCUGGAAAAAGCUUUUGCCUUACUAAAGGUUUCCCAAGAACACCUUCAGUAGGGAAGGCCUUAUUCCUGGGUAAAGAAUCCCUUCCUUGAGGGCAUACUAGCAACUGCUAUCACCUAAUUGCUGGAACAGGGAAGGAAAGAAAAAGAAAGAAAGAGAGAGAGAGAGAGAAGGAAGGAAGGAAGGAAGGAAGGAAGGAAAACAUAGCCUUGCUAUUGACCAAACAGAUGCUGAAAAUAAAGUAAAAUCAUCUUUUCUCUUGUCUCACUUUUUUGGGAGUAAAACCAGAAUAGGAAAUCCAAUAUUUUUGAGGUUGAUAGCCCAUCUUUUAAAAGUCCCUGUCUUUAAAAUAAAACUAGCAGGCAAACAAACACCUAAAAAAGAAAAUCAAAAAUUACCAAAGAACAGCAACAAAACAAGGAAACCUAAAGAUUUUUACUUCCUGUUCUUACCCCUUCUCCCUGUGACUGUGACAUCCCUUGCAUUGCUCAGUUGCCUGUGUGUCAAAAUAACUCGUGGACGUUGGAAACUAUUUGAAAAUGUAUUGUGUGGAAUGUAAUAAAAUGAUAUUUUUAUACAAA